GAUCACGGCGCUACGCGCUCCCGAAAUAAAAAUCAGCUGUGAGAGAGAUAAAAGACUGAUAAGACAACUAUGGACUUGUGAUUGUGCAGUGAGAACUUUUGUGUAUCAAAAUGUGGGGCGAGAGCAGUAAGGCUUGUGAAAAUAACUGCCAGUGUUCUGGGCUCAUCACAGACACCUUUACCAUCAACAGUGGCAACAGUGCCAGCAAGCGACGGCGGGAUGAAGCGCUCCUGACCAGCUUCAAGUAUAAGAUGAACCCACACACCCUUAACCUGUCGCCCAAGUCCCCGACACCGCCCAAACGGAGGUUGGGAUCUAAAGAGAACUCCUCACCUAAUAUUGGCCUUUCCUACGAAAACAGAAUAGAAAGAGACUUCUCACUCACACCGAAACCAUACAAAACAUCAUAUGAGAACAGCCAGAAGUCACCGUUCAACCCGACACCUAGAAAAGUUCUUGGCGAACAAAACUCUCCAUUCAACCGAACACCAAGAAAGAUUCUCGGCGAGCUACAAAAUUCUCCCUUCAACCCGACACCAAAAAAGGUGCUCGGUGAACUUCAGAACUCUCUACCGACACCGAGAAAGGUCCUAGGAGAGCUGCAGAACUUCACACCGACUUCAGCACCGAAAGACUUAAGCUCGCUAACUCGUUCUCCACUUUUCAAACUGCUUGAUACCCCGGUGUUGUCUCCGGUGAGCAGCCAGCGUUCCUUCAAGAAGAUUAACAGGAUUUUUGAGGAGCGGAGUCAGUUCAAGAUGGAGAAUAUGGACAAGUUUGAAGAGGAAACUAGGGCUCCGUUCCAGUUUGAACAGGAGAAUUGGACUGCUACUAAGCUGGACUUCACAGACGUCCUCCAAACGACCUUCAAAGAAGAUUUCAAGACUGAAGACACUUUCGUACCCGAGAAAGAAGAAUUGGACCAAGAAUUCGACACUCUCCACGAUUUAGAAGAAGAAUUCGAUAACGACACAUUCGACCAAUGCAAUAAGUACGAAAUCAUAUCAACGGAUAGCCCGGAUAUCAUAUCCAGAGGCAGGAAUCCUUCAAACAGGAAAAUCAAUGGCAGUUUUGUCUUUGGAGCACCGUUAGCCGACACCGAGCAGUCUACCUCCUUCAACCGGCCAGCGAGGGCUUUAAACUUCGAAGACAGCUUCGAAUUCCCUUCGCCGGUCAUCAAGAAAAGCUCAAGCUCCGGCUCGGUUAAGAAAUCUCUAAAAUUCUGCGAGACACCGACAAAAGACUCCAUGAAUCGGAUAUUCACUUCAGACAGCACUACUUCGAUGGAGAGCGGAUUUGUCUCAGAAUUCGAUGACCAGUUAUUAGAUAUUGAAGAGUCAAACUCUCCGAAAGUAGCUAAUUUUGACACUUUGCUGUCGGGACAGAUUAAAAAUAAUGUCAUAAGAAGUGGUAAGCAGCCACUCUAUAGAAGUAAGAGCUUUAACCCAGCUCAGAGCAAAGCAAGAGUGUCUCUGCUGUCGAUACUAGAGUCUCCGCAGUCUAUCCUGGAGUCUCCACAGAAGAGGAGUAAGCGAAGUGAGCCGGGGGAAGGGGGAGAGAGUAAGAGGAGGAAGUGUGAGGAAGUCAGGCCGGUGCUGCAGAGAUGCUUCUCUGAGAAUAACGCGUUGAUUAUGUCCGCUUUUGACCGAUCGGAUGGGAACCCGGACCUGAUAGGCGAUUUCAGCCAGCCCUUCGCCCUGCCCCUAACCAGGGGCAAUCACUCCGACCUCAAGAGCAUCUCGUGUGAUACCCUAGCUGGUCUUAUCAGGGGGGACUUUGAGAACAUCACGGAUUUUCAGGUAAAUGAUCAGGGUCGUUUUAAUUCUCGCUUCCUCCGCUCAUCCGACCGCGAGAAGAACAAGGAAAACUACCCCUCCCUCCACUACCCCGAAAUCUACCUCCUCCACGAAGGCUACCGCGCGUUCUACCAGCGACAUCCGGAUCUCUGCUCCCCAGCAGGAUAUACCGCCAUGUUGGAUCCUAAACACAGGGACUUACUGAGGCAACACCGCUCUGUGCAGCAACCGUCAUCUUCUACGCAUCAUAGGAGGAAUAGACUGCUGUUUUAGAGGGUGAAAAGGCUUGGUCUACUGGAAAGACCAAUGGUCUACUUGGAAAGACCGACGGUCUUUUGCCCAAGACAAGCUUUUCUGGAUGUGGUCUACUUGAAAUAACAGAGAUCUAUGGAAAAAGACUUGGUCUACUGGAAAGACCGACAGUCUUUUUUCAAGACAAGCUCUUCUGGAUGUGGUCUACUUGAAAUAAUAGGGAUCUAUGGAAAAAGGCUAUGGUCUACUGAAAAGACCGAUGCCCCACUGAAAUACCUCUCUCUUCCGUGCGAAAGUGAUAGUUACGUUUCGAGCUACAGUGCGGGAACAAUUGGCAUACUGGCCAUGCGUUCUGGUCCCUAAAGCAUUUCUAAAUUAUUAUAAAAGGUCUGAUUUUAGAUAACUAAGAGCAUGGUCUAUUGGGAAGACUGGUCUACUUGAUCUUUUCAGUAGACCAUGGUCUUUUAAAGACUAAAUUUUGGUAAAAAUACCGCAAUAAGCCUCUAAUAUAACACUAAAUAUAAUUUCUAAUUUGUAAAUACGAAAAAUGCCAUAUUAUUGUUAAAAACUAAGUUUUUAGUACAAAAAUAGGCUUAAAUUAUCCCACCUAUCUUAGUUAUGCCAUAGUUUUAGAUUCAUUCGACUUUGCAAUAUAGUUUUAAUUUAGGAAAAUAAUCGGGGAAAUAUCCACAAACGAAACUUUUCCAUAUUUGUAUAGCCAGGAAAAACAGUAGAAAAUAUAUGGCGCUACCAUCUAAAUGUAGUGCUAAAAGAUUUGCCUUCGUAUUGUUACGGAAACAUACGAACGUGUCAUGCUGUUUCAGUCAGUCUCAGUACAAAAUGUACUGACAUUGACUGAACUAGCAUGACAAAUACGAACGUUUCCAGAAAAAUACGAAGUGAACCUUUUUCGCAAUACAUUUGUAAACCGUUUUGCAUGUCGCAACUAGGGAUGUUACGAAUAUUUGCAUUCGCAUUCGCAUAUGCGAAAGAUUCGUAUUUUAAACAUU